AUGUUGGGAAAAAAGAAGGGUCACUGGCAGUUGCUGAUAAUUCUUCCUCAGAAGUUUGUUGUGGUUCUUUUGUGUUCAUUACACAAGAAGCCUAACACUUUGAAAAUUAAAAGUACUUUACAAGCAGCGGUUGAGGCUCAUUCUAGGUUGCAGGGACAACAAAUCACUUCUAGAAAGAAGUUGCAAUUCAUUGCGCCAACUUGCUCACGUCAACCGGGAAGCUAUGAGUGUGGAUAUUAUACCAUGAGGCACAUGCAUAGAAUCAUAUCCGCAAACAUUGUUGACUCAUGGGAUAUGAUUUUCAAUGACACAUCUCCAAUGGAUCAAGGAGUCUUGAAGGAAGUUCGUGAGCAGUGGGCUUCGUUUCUUUUGAGUGUUUAUAUAAAAUGAUGUUAGGUGUUUUAU